UCUGCAAGCCUAGUAUAAUUUGUAGUAGGAUCAUGCCCAAAGUUGACAAUGAUGACUGAUACAUAGAGGAUAAUUUUACUUAUGUGAGUGAAGUAGACGAGACUUUGGAGAAAUCGAAGGAAAUUUUGAGGAGGUAUUUUGAGAGUUUGUUUGAAGAGAAGGAGAAGAGCUAUGUUGGGAGGAUAAGAAAGUUGGAGCAGAGGGUUGAGAAGUUGCAACAGAAGUUGGAGAUGUAUAGGGGUGGUUCGAAUAGAGCUCUGGAGCAGAAAAUUUCCAAGUCAGAGAAAUUUGAUAUUAAUUUGUGUAUUUCUGCUAAGAAACCUCAGUUUUGGGGGACUAAUGCAAGGCAAGCAUCUCAUUCUUCAAAUGUCCAUGUUGAACCAAGAGAUAGAAACAAAAUUGGCAGGUUCUUUGAAUAUCAGAAUCAUAAAUAAAUCUGAAAACAAAAGGCUUAGAUCAAAAAGAUUCAGAAAGAAGAGGAGGACAUCAGUUCCAAAUUCGAUUUGAGAGAAUGUAGGCAUUAAGCCUAAGUUAGCAAAGCUUUGCUUUAGUCAGACUGCUCCUGAUAUGAGUGCUCAAAUAGUCCCUACCACAUAUAUUUCAAACAAGAAUAAUGAUAAAUUUGCUACUCUAAUUAACUGAGAUCUUAGCUCAGACGAUGAUAUCUCUGUGAAAAGGAACACAGUAGCUAAUCAGGAGUUUAAAACAAAUUUGAACUUGAAGUCAUUAUCCAAUAAUAUGUCUGAUUCUCACCCAGAGUUGAACUUUGAUUCAGGAAAAUUUGGGAGUUUGCAUUAUUCUGACUGUGGAGACAUCCCAAGCCUUCAUAAAAUAGAUACAGAUGCAGCUAUUAGUGCUAAACAAUGUAGCUGUGUUAAUAAGUGAAAACCAAAAACUGCCAAAAUAGAGGUCAAUGAUUCUUUCUCUAGUGAAUUAGGAUCGUACUGUGAAAGUUCAAUUAGUGAAAAUCAGCACUAUCAGAACAACCAGUGAGCCCCGUGAAGUCCUUAUUGUAUAAAUCUAUCCCCAAGCUGUCAGAAAAAGAUAAUCUAUAUGUCAAUAUCAUUUAUGAACUUCAGCCAAGAAUGUCCAAUCUAUUAUAAUGGGAUAAGCUCAGAGUGGUGGCAAAAGUGGUGAGAUUACGUCAAUGUAGAGUUCUUCAAUCCUAUCGAUAUGGACUCUUCAAGCCUGGAAAACAUCCUCAAAAGUUUCAAGACAAAUGGGGAAAAGUCGAUGCGAACAGGUUGCUAUCUCAAGAAUUCUAGAAACUUUGAAACGCUAGAAAAUGAUACACUUGAGUGUCAAGAAAAUUCAAUUAAUCAAAACAUUUUUGAUGAAAUCUGAAGAAAUGACAUUGCUGAAAAUGAGUUAUUAUCAAGCUGCACGUCAUUAAUGUAUACAAAGCCAGGAAAAAUUUCUAACAAGGAUAUUUCUGAGUUCAACCCUCUAAACCAAAUGGUCAACCUUAAGAAAGAAAUGACUGAGAUCUAUGACUAUGUUCUUAUUAAUUCUAAAGGAUGGGAAUACCUCGAGAAUUGGUAUGGAUGCGAUAACCCUGUCUAUAUCCCUGUCCAGCAUAUGUAGAAGGAUUAACAGACAAAUAUUUGUGUGGGUUAAGCACCCUACAGAUUUCUUCCAAAUUAAUUAUCACUCAUG